UGCUGGAAUACUUGAAGGGCAGACCGGCUGUGGAACAGGUCAAGAACCCCUGCUGGCCAUGAAGACAACAGGAGUUUUUGUGCUCCUCGCUCUGGCAGUUCUUUGCUUGGCAAAUGCUGACAAAGAGAACGAAGUGGACUGCAGUGAAUACAGGAGGUUAGAGAGAGGAAAACCCAUUUACUGCGAAAGGCUCUAUCAACCCUUCUGCGGCUCUGAUGGAAAAACAUAUAACAACAAAUGUUCUUUCUGCAAAGCAGUCCUGUAA